CCUCCAGCUGGAUCCAUAUUGCAGAUAGUGGGAUGUUUGGAUGUGGCGGUGAGCUGCGUCUCUUCUCCUGUAACGCCCUGAAUAAAGCGCUUCUAACCUCUUAUCAUGUAGCGGCCGUGUUCCUGCGGUGUGUCCGGACUGUCCGAGUGUCGGUGGAGUGGAAAAUCCCGGGAUUUGAGGAGACUGGGAGCGUGUGAAGUGUUAUUAAUGAAGAUGAUGAGGAUGUGCACACAAUUUCUGCUGCUGCUGAGCGCCUGUCUCACACCCAACCUCGUCCACUCUGAGCUCUCUGUACCUCAGACUGUGUCGGUACAGAAGCACCUGGAGUCCCAGACGCUGACGCUGUCAUGGCGGAGUGAAGCCUCACACUUCGACGUGGAGAUUUAUCUUACUGAAAUCAUGGAGCUCGUCCUCAACGAGAGCAUACAGGUGGAGGCGGACUCUAAGACGGGGAGUCAUGAUUGGUCAUGGCGCUCGGCUGUGCCGCUGGAGUGCACCUCCCGCUCCGUACGCAUCAGAGCGCGACACGUGGACGCAGUGAGCCAGUGGAGCCCCCUGCUGACUAUCCUCGGUAUGGACAUACCGGACCAGCCCGAGGCUCAGAUGUACCCUCAAGACCGCGUGUUGGAGGUGGGCGGGAACGUGACGGUGUGCUGCAUCACUCCGGAGGGCGUGGCCUUUAGCAGUAUAGCGUACGGGAAACAGGACGUAACUGUGAUCAGACUGAGCCGCAGGAGCUACAGCGCCACCAUCACCCACCUGCAGAAGUCCUCCUACACCGGCACCAACGCCGUCUGUUUCUCCAACACCUCCAUCCUCACCGGCACCGUGCUCUUCAUCGGCUACCCCCCAGGUGAUGAGGGUCUGCAGUGUGAGACGCGGGAUCUGCAAUCAGCCGAGUGUCGCUGGAGCAGAGGACGAGAUACGGGCUUAAUGAAACGUGAUUUACUCACCAAAUACACACUGAAUAACAGGAAUUGUACUGAGGACAGAAGAGACCGGAAUCAGUGUCGUUCUGACCGCUGGGAGAGCAGCUGGACUCUGGUGGCCAAGAAUCCCCUGGGAAUGGUCCAGCUUUCUGACUCCGCCCACAUCGAUCAGCGCAUACGUCUGUUGGCCCCGGUGAACGUGAUGUCGGACGCUGAGGCGUGGAAGGCCCGAGUUAGGUGGAGCUGGACGGUGGAGGCCUAUAAAACUCUGUCCCUGCUGUGUGAGGUGCAGCUGGACAGCGGAGGACACGCCCACACUCGUAACUACACCGGAGUGGGACUAUCCUCCGUGGUGUUGGACAGCCUGAUGCCGGACACUGAGUACUCCUUCUCUAUUCGCUGUGCGUCUCUGCAGUAUUUCUGGCGUUGGGGAGACUGGAGCGCCCCCUACAGCCUGCACACACACAUGGACCGACCUAAUGCUCCAGAUGUGUGGGUGUGGAGGACCAGUGAAAACAUAGGACAAGUCGUGUGGAAGGCGCUCUCGCCCAGGGACAGUCACGGUGCUCUGACAGCGUACGAGUUGUCUCAGAGAGACGGAGAGGAAGACGGGUGGACGACUGUCUCUCUCCCUCCCAGCGUGUUCAGCACUCCCAUCAGCCUUAGCAACAGCAGUGAUGUCACGGUUGCCGUGGCAGCACGGAACCCGGUCGGUCUCUCUCAGCGCAGUACCAUCACCGUCCCACAAUACACUGCAGACUCGGAGUUGUCAGUCUCUCAGCUGCUGGGUCAUGGAGGAGGUUUAACUGUUUCCUGGAACAGCAAUCACAACUCCACCCAAGCCUACGUGCUGGAGUGGGUGCCCACCUGCUGCCCCGCCUCCUCUGCCUGCUCCGUCCAAUGGGAGAGACUUUCACCCUCCAACACCAGCACCGUCAUCCAAUCAGAAUCCCUGGACCCUGGAGUGCAGUACACAGUAUCUGUUUUCGCUUUGCUUCCUGAAGCUUCUGUCCUGCUGCAGAGAGGUUACGGAUACGGACAGGAAGAGGUUCCUUCUCUGUCUGUAGGAGAUCUGUCUGCUCUUCAGUCAGGAUCAGACGUUGUUCUCUCCUGGACUCAUGUUCCUGUGUGUCAGCAAAAAGGCUUCAUCCUCGGACACACUGUUUACAGGGCUGACGCCUCCUACUACAGCCUCAUAGCUAAUCUGACUGAUCCUGCGUUGAGCUCGUACACAGUAAAGAGCGUUCCUCUGGGCUCCUACAAGUUCACGGUGAGAGCGUACACUUCCGCUGGAGAGGGAAUGGAGUCCACCGUCGCCAUCAAAACCGAGUCUAACACUGAUAUGAUGCUGGUGGAGAUCCUGGUGGCGUUGGGAGCGAUGUCCUUCUGCCUCAUCAUCAUCACCACCUUCUGCUACAAGAACAGAGAAUGGGUGAAGAAAGCCUUCUAUCCUGAGAUACCCGGCCCCAAACUCACCGGAGACUGGUCAGCUCCACCGGGUCCUCUGGACUUAAAGCCGCCCCCGCACAGUCUGGUGCACAUCGUGGAGAGUCCGGAUAAGGAGGGUCGGGUCAUGGUGCCGGGUGGGCAGGAAGAACCGCACCACGACGACGAGGACGAUAACCAGAACGUUGAAAUGGACACGGACUCGGACGAACCUGCGCUGCUGCGCUACUACAACCAGCUGGUGAGCGACACCUCCGACUGCUCCACCAGCUCCACCAGCUCCACGGAUUCGGCGCAGACGCAGGUGACCUACACGGGAAUCCAAAGCCCCGCCUACCGGCCCCAGAAUCAGCCCGAAGCUCUGUUUGAGUCGGAGCCGCAGGAGGAAAGCCCAGGCGUGGGCUACAAGCCGCAGUGCUCGUGGAGACCCGAUUCUCCUGAAAACCAAAACCUCUGCGAGUCUCUGGGAAGCCCGACCUCCGUCACGUCGUCACAGUUCCUCAUCCCGGAAUCCUCGGAGGAACAUCCGGAGACGUCGGGAAGCUGGUUCCAAAACCUCCUCUCCGGAAAAUUCUAGUUAGCAUUAGCGUUAGCUUUAACGGUCAGACAUCACUACUACUCAUUACAGGCAUUAUGGGAUGGAUUUCUCAGAUCCUUCUCAAUUUGUGUUGUUUCUGUUAAAGGACGUUUAGUGUUAAGGACACUUCAGCUUCUCCUCACUAACCCUGCGUUCCUGCCUGAGGGAGCGUGCUAGGGUCCGGCAGCGAGAGAGAGAAAAUCUGUCUUAUUCAGAAAGCAGCGUAAAGCCGCCAUCUUCCCCUAAUGAUGGACAGAUUUCUGAAGAUUUACUCGGCCUUGUGACUUAAAAAGCUUGGCUUCUUUAUCGUAGAUCAUUGUAUUGGUGUUAGAACACUACUGUACUGCAGAGACUAGUGAGGAACAUUUCAGCUAUAAAGGAGCAGUUCAUCCAACCGGCUAAUUUAGCUAACAUUAGCAGCUAAUAGCCACCAGGUUAGCAUCAGGCUAAACUCUCCCUGGGGGCAUUACAUUUUUAGUUGAGCUGUAAAUAUAUAUAAAUAUAUAAAUGGAUAAAUAUAUAUAUAUAUAUAUGUCCUAUAGAGGGCGCUGGGCUGAAUUACAUAGCUGUUAAGUGUUGUGAUUGUCACUGAACCUGUUGGGCAUUCUGAAGCCCUCUGAGGUCUGAUGGACAGGUCACAUUAGCUCUGCUAUAAGCUCACUGAUUUUAUGGCAUUAUUUGGAAAAUGAACAAAAAGCAAACUAAAACAUGAGGGCGGGGCUAACAGAGGAACCAAUCAGGUAACAGUACACUUGAUUGAUUGCCUUUGUAACACUACAGUGCUUAUUUUUAAAUAUUUUUACCAAGUGCUUUGACUUUAUUGCCUUGAAGUAUUCAGAUUCUUAGCUUUCGCGUUCUUUGACACAGGACCAGACCCCCAGUGAUGUCUGUUUACGCUUUAUACCUUUCUCUGCUUCCAAAAAGUUUUUAAGGUCUUAAAGCUCUUUCAAGAAAUAUUUCUGAAAGUUGCACGUUUAAAAUGCAUUUAUAGGAACCGUUCAGCAAAAUCUAAAAUGUCCACAAUGUUCUCAAUAAUGUAGCCGGUUAGUCAAGACAUGCUGUUUAUUUAGCGCUGAAGUUAUGAGGCUAAUGUAGCUAAGCAUUGGAAGUCACCCAAAAUCUCUCUAGAACCCUCUAGGUCCUAUCCCAUAGACCACACCUCAUAGGCCCUGCCUGUAGACUUCACACUCAUGGCCCUGCACCUUAAUUCUUGUUCUGUAGUCCCACCCCCAUGAUCUCAUCUCAUAGGCCACACCUCCUAGUACCCUACAAUUUAUUCCCAAGGCCCUACCGAUUUUGUCCUGUCCUCGGGGCCCUAUAUGUCACCUCCUUUUCCCCACCCUAGGUCCCAUCCUAUAGGUCUCUCCCUCUCCAUCCUGUCCCACAGGCCACUCCUCCUAGGCUCCGCCCCUAUACUUCAUCCUCAAUGCCCCACCUCUUAGACCACCUAAGCCUCACCUCUUAAUCUCCAUGACCCACUCUUGAACCACACCCCUAGAUCCUGUUCCAUAGUCCAUACUUCCUAGUAAUGUCUCUCAUUAUUUAUUUUGGGAGGCUGAAAUAGACCUCAUUAGCAACAUUAGCCUCCUUAGUGACAUUAGCAUAACAGAAGACAUGUCCUAUCUGAUUGGUUCACUUUGUGUUAAAGGUGUUAAUGUUUAAAUGUGUGUGUGUGUGUGUGUGUGUGUGUGUGUUGAGUUAGUUACUUAAGCUUUAAAUACUACUGUGAGAUUUUACAAAGGUCAUAUAUUUUAUUAUGGUCACUAAUUUUUUUUUUAAUAAUGGUACAGCACCUCGACUUUAUUCUCUGUGUGUGUGUGUGUGUGGGUGUGUGUGGGUGUGUGUGUGUUUUUAGAGAUUUUGCUGUGAAGCUCAUUCAGUGUUUAAGUUGCUUAAAAGCUGCCUAUUUUUUACUUAAUUAAUGAGUUAAUCAGAUUAAUUUUUCUCUCUGAAAUGUUUGAUCUGACACGCCAUGUCCCAAUCCUCUUUUUAACACUUCCCCUUAUUCCCUUCCCCUUGAUUGAGUCCCCCUGCUUGUAAAGACUUUUUCACUUCAUUACUUUAGUGAAGUAUGGGAGAUGAGUGUUGGAUAAAGAUCGAGUCGACAUCACUGUGGACUACUAAAGCAUGUUUAAUUACCCAGAAUGCACUGCUGCCUUCCAGCACAAUUUAUUUUUCAAUAUGGCUGACAGAUCUUUUUCAAUUUCAAACUGGAAUGAUAAAAUACGUCGUUUGUUUGCAUUUCCUGCGUCUGUAUACAACAGCUGAGAGAACUGUGCUAAUUGACUCUGAUAGCUAAUUAGCACGCUAGCUAGUGAACGAGUCGAUGUGACUCUGUGUGACUGCGAGGGAACCUGAGUGCACUUCAGAGAGUCCUGCUCUCUGAUUGGUUGCUGCAGCAGGUUUCUGGGUGACAUGGGGAAGUGGACGAGGGCGCAGUGGUGAUCGACCUGGAAACGUAAGAACACUAAUUAGAAGCUGUUAUACGACUCGUUCACUUGUUUGGAAGCUGAUCUUACUCUUUAUUUUUAUUCACUCAUUAUUAAGCUGAUUUAAAUGUAAAUAUGAUUUGUUUAGUGUGUGUUUAGGGUCAUAUAUUGAGCAUGUUACUGUUAUGAGGGGUGGUGUUCUGCUCGGGUGGAGGUUCCCUCAGUAGGCAGCGUGAGGAGGCAGGUGUCUUCCCGCAGUCCUAAUAUUGGACAGAUCCUAAUUUCAGGCAGCAGUCUACUGGAAAUCUAGUGCACUACAGAGGGGGCAGGAAGCCUUCAGGAUACAGCCCUUUUAGGAAAUGAUCAACUGCCAGUUAGAACUUUAGUACACUACGUAGGGUGUAUGGAGUAAGGUGUAGGGAGCGGGAUUAAGAGCAUAAUGACACUAAAACUGUGUGACUAAAAUCAGUUAUAGAUACUGAAAUACCGCUAGUGUGAGAUGGAAAUGUAUAACUAUUACAGCUAACAGAUGUUAUAAUCCAACACUAACACUGUUACCUUUGUGUGUGCGUGCGUGUGUGUUAAUGAGCUCAAUAUACUCUGAAACACUAACCUACACCAUGUAUAACAUAAUAAAGAGUGUCUGAGUCUA